UUGUGAAUGAAACCUGACACCGGGAGAACGCGGAAGUGUGUGCGGGAGGAGGACCGAGCAGAGGCCGCGUACAGUCACACUUCAGCCCGAUACCGACGCUGCUGUCACGGAGAACCGCCAGUUUGGAUCCAAGAUGACAGACUCCAAGUACUUCACCACCACCAAGAAAGGGGAGAUCUUUGAGCUGAAGGCCGAGCUCAACAGUGAUAAAAAGGAGAAGAAGAAGGAGGCGGUGAAGAAAGUGAUCGCCUCCAUGACUGUGGGCAAGGACGUUAGCGCUCUGUUUCCUGAUGUAGUGAACUGCAUGCAGACGGACAACCUGGAACUCAAGAAGCUCGUGUACCUCUACCUCAUGAACUACGCCAAGAGCCAGCCCGACAUGGCCAUUAUGGCUGUCAACACCUUUGUAAAGGACUGCGAGGACCCUAACCCCCUGAUCCGUGCCCUGGCUGUGCGCACCAUGGGCUGUAUUCGAGUGGAUAAGAUCACGGAGUACCUGUGUGAGCCCCUGAGGAAGUGUCUGAAGGAUGAAGACCCUUAUGUGAGGAAGACUGCCGCUGUGUGUGUGGCCAAGCUCCACGACAUCAACGCUCAGCUGGUGGAGGACCAGGGCUUCCUCGACACUCUCAAGGACCUCAUCUCUGACUCCAACCCCAUGGUGGUGGCCAACGCGGUGGCGGCUCUGUCGGAGAUCGCAGAGUCCCAUCCCAACAGUAACCUGCUGGACCUAAACCCCCAGACCAUCAACAAGCUGCUAACCGCCCUCAACGAGUGCACCGAGUGGGGCCAGAUUUUCAUCCUGGACUGUCUGGCCAAUUACACUCCCCGAGACGACCGCGAGUCCCAGAGCAUCUGUGAGCGCGUGACUCCCCGGCUCUCCCACGCUAACUCGGCUGUGGUGCUGUCAGCUGUCAAAGUGCUGAUGAAGUUCAUGGAGAUGUUGCCUAAAGACCUGGACUACUAUGGGACCCUUCUGAAGAAGCUGGCCCCUCCUUUAGUCACUCUGCUGUCUGCGGAGCCCGAGCUGCAGUACGUGGCCCUCAGGAACAUCAACCUCAUCGUGCAGAGAAGACCAGAGAUCCUGAAACAUGAGAUGAAGGUUUUCUUUGUCAAGUACAACGAUCCCAUAUAUGUGAAACUGGAGAAGCUGGACAUCAUGAUUCGACUGGCCUCUCAGGCUAACAUUGCUCAGGUGCUGGCAGAGCUGAAGGAGUAUGCCACUGAGGUCGACGUGGACUUUGUGCGAAAGGCAGUCCGAGCCAUAGGCCGCUGUGCCAUAAAAGUGGAGCAAUCAGCAGAGCGCUGUGUGAGCACGCUGCUGGACCUGAUCCAGACCAAGGUCAACUACGUGGUGCAGGAGGCUAUCGUGGUCAUCAAGGACAUCUUCCGCAAAUAUCCCAACAAGUAUGAGAGUGUGAUUGCCACCCUGUGUGAGAACCUGGACUCCCUGGAUGAGCCGGAGGCCCGGGCAGCCAUGAUCUGGAUCGUUGGCGAGUAUGCAGAGAGGAUCGACAAUGCAGAUGAGCUGCUGGAGAGCUUCCUCGAGGGCUUCCAUGAUGAGAGCACUCAGGUGCAGUUACAGCUGCUGACGGGCAUUGUCAAACUGUUCCUGAAGAAGCCCACAGAGACACAGGAGCUGGUGCAGCAGGUGCUCAGUCUGGCCACUCAGGACUCCGAUAACCCAGACCUGAGGGACCGAGGCUACAUCUACUGGCGACUGCUGUCCACAGAUCCAGUGGCUGCUAAAGAGGUGGUGCUGGCAGAGAAGCCCCUGAUUUCUGAGGAGACUGACCUGAUCGAGCCCACCCUGCUGGAGGAGCUCAUCUGCCACAUCGGCACCCUGGCCUCUGUCUACCACAAGCCCCCCAGUGCCUUCGUGGAGGGCAGCCGCGGAGUGCAGCACAAGAGGCUCCCGGGCAGCGCUGGCUCUGGAGAGAGUGUGGAGAGCCCAGAGCCAGCCUCUGCAGCUGUCCCUGAGGCUACGCCCUCUGUUAUCCCCUCACAAGAAGACCUCCUGGGGGACCUACUGAACCUGGACCUAACCCCACCUACCACCACUGGCCCCCCACCCCCCUCCUCUGGCCUGCAGAUGGGAGCCAUGGACCUGCUGGGCGGAGGUCUCGACAGCCUGCUUGGUGGAGAUCUUGGGGGAAAUCCUGCUAUGGGAGCAGGGUUUGGGGCCCCUCCCUCAUCGAUGCCCCAGUCCUUCCCCGCCCCUGCCAGCAGAGGGUUGGAUGACCUGUUCGAUCUUAGUGGAGGGGUCGGCAUGCCAACAGGAGCCUACUGUCCACCCAAAACGGUCUGGCUUCCUGCGAUGAAGGGCAAAGGUUUGGAGAUCUCUGGGACGUUCGCCCGCAGGUCUGGGGUCAUCCAGAUGGAGAUGACUCUGACCAACAAGGCUAUGUCCGUCAUGACUGACUUCGCCAUCCAGUUCAACAGAAACAGCUUCGGCCUGGCUCCUGCAGGUCCUCUCCAGGUGCUGACUCCUCUGAGCCCAAAUCAGAGCAUCGAGGUGGCCCUCCCGCUCAACACUCUGGGCCCCGUCAUGAAGAUGGAGCCUCUCAACAACCUGCAGGUGGCUGUAAAGAACAACAUUGACGUGUUCUACUUCAGCUGCCAGUACCCCAUGAGCGUUCUUUUCAGCGAGGACGGGAAGAUGGAGAGUAAAGUGUUCCUGGUCACAUGGAAAGACAUCCCUAAUGACAAUGAGACCCAGUUCCAGAUUAAAGACUGCCACCUAAACUCAGAUGCAGCCUCUAACAAGCUCCAGGGCAGUAAUGUGUUCACCAUCGCCAAGAGGACAGUAGAUGGCCAGGACAUGCUGUACCAGUCCCUCAAACUCACCAACGGCAUCUGGGUCCUGGCCGAGCUCAAGGUGCAGACAGGAAACCCCACUUUUACAGUAUCGCUCAAGUGCAGAGCCACAGAAGUGUCCCAGGCCGUGUUCCAGAGCUACGAGGCCAUUCUGAAGAACUGAAGACCACCCCCUCACACCAGAGCCCCCCACCCUACAGGACACCAUCUACCCCCAGCUCCGUCUGUCCCAUGACUCAUUCCCCAGCUCCAUCGGCGUUCUGAAGGGACCGCAGGGAUAGGGCACUUGAUUAGAUUUCAUUUCAGAUUGGGUGCAUUCUUGUUGUCCCUGCAUGAGGUUUCUUUAAUCAGUACCUACUUUCUCCACAAAUUGGAGUCUAAAAUUAGCAGCUAGAAUCGGCACCAUCGGCUACUUACAUAUCCCUCCGCCCGUGAUGAGGCAGGGCUGGUAAAGAGACUAAUGUAAUUGUUUUAAAAAUGAUUUAAAGUCUGUAUCGGCUCGGAGCAGAAUGUGUGCAGUGUGCAUGGUCAAUGUUGUGGUGUUUAUUUCAGUUUUAUUAUAGAGAAAUUAUUGCCCACUAUGUUAUUUAGUCAUUCCAUUUUUGAUUUGUGUGUUUGUGUUUCCGUGUGUAAUUUUAAAGCGACACCAUGCAGCUUUUCUGGUAGAGGGCCUGCCAUCUGCAUCUCCAUGGAGGUGUUGUUUGCCUGGAAUAUUCCAUAGUAUGGCAUUAAGAAUAUGCGGGGGCACACAGUCGUUUUUUGAUGGGGUUGGAGGCUUAAGAGCGCGUCUAAUAGCCUGGAAAAUACGGUAACCUUGGCCUGGAGACGUCAGCGCUUGUGUCCAGAUUAGGGUUGUUAAAAGUAUCGAAAAUCAGAUACUAAUCGAUACUAAAACCAGCAGAAACUAGAUACUUAUUUGCGCAGGUAUUUCCGGAAUAAUUCAUGUAUCAUUCGUUCAUUCGUUUUUCAAUAUAAAACCAAAAAUCACAAAACGAAAAAACAACAGUUUUCUUCAUUGUUCGUCUCCAAAACCAAAAUGAAAAAACGGAUAAUGAAUCAGUUUUUGAUUUUGUGUUUAAGUGAAGAAUGGAAAAAUGGAUAACGGACGUUUCCCGUUUAUGUGACUUUCGUGACUGCAAUGCCAGACUUUUGCACCGCAUACAGACUGAACCAGGUCCGGGACCAGGUAGACCACUAGACUGAGACCAGAGUGGGACUGAGACAGAGACUGAGAUCAGGCUGGGACCAGUCUGGGACCAGACCGGAGGCUCAGAGACCACAGCAGGGCCCGAACUCGAUGCUAAGGCUCGGAGUCAAAGCUCGGAGUCCGCUCUGGUUCCGGUUCUGGAUCAGUCCUGGUUCAGUCCGUAUGCGGUGCAAAAGUCCGGCAUCGCAGUCACGGAAGUCACGUAAACGGGAAACGGCCGUUAUCCGUUUUUUCCAUUCUUCAUUUAAACACAAAAUUGAGAACUGAAAAAAAAAGAAUCGUUAUCCUUUUUUUCAUUUUGGUUUUGGAGACAAAUAAUGAAGAAAACUGUUGUUUUUUCAUUUUCUGAUUUUUGGUUUUAUAUUGAAAAACGAAUUAACGAAUGACACACGGAUUCUGAAUGUGUUUAGAACAAUCUUGAGCUGUAUCAGAGCAAGUAGAAGAGCACAUAGACUAGUAUACACACACUGAGGAUUACACACAUAGAAGAGCACAUGGGAACAGAAAAGAAAAGACUACCAUUUAAUGCUGAAAAUUUGUAUCAAAAUGUAGUCAAGAUAAAUACGUUUAAUGCCAUACUCAAAUUACAGGUAAAGUGGUCUCGUCUCUAUCCUGACAAGCAGGUAGCAGGCCCUCCACCAAAGAAAGUUACAUAGUGUGCCUUUAAGCAGAACAGUCACUGCCCCAGCACAGCAGCUUGUAAGAAUAUACACGAGGCUGAAUUCGAGGUGGGAAAUCUAUUGAGAAAUGUAUAUAAUGUCGCACCCCUAGUUUGAAUACAUCAUGAAAAGCUUUAUUUGUUCAAAAGGUUGUGUUCGCUUCAUAUCAGGGACAGUAAAAUUCAAAUGGAGGGCAUUCAUACCUUUAGGCUCAGUCUGUUUUGUAAUGACUAGACAUAUCCUGUUCACUAUGGCGUAAAUAAGUGCAUUUAUCGACCCUUUUAACAGCAAUUGAUCAGCGUAAACAUCUGUAGAGUUUCUAUUUGAACAUUACCUAAUGAAAUAGUUAUUGUGGGAGGUACACAGACCUCAGAGGCAUGCGUUUUUGAUUCUUUCUGUCAAACAAAACGCUCACUAAAUGUCAAAACGUAAUAAUUUAUGGACUGUAAAGUGGCGUUUGUGAUUACAUAAGAUUGCCAGGGUGAUGGAGAAUGCAAAAUCCUCUAGUGAUGGGCAUUUGGAAAAGUGAAAUGUCCUUCUAUACAAUUCUAAUUAAACUUGGACAACUGUAUGUGAUAUUUGAGUUUGGAUCUAAUUUUCAUUUUUGUCGUUUCCAUGUAGUGUUUUAUCCAGCAGUCUCUGAUUGGAUGAGAGAUUCUGUCUGGCAGUUUCUUUCCUGGUGAUUCCCACCUAACAAAUGCCUUUUAACUGAAGAGGCAAGAAUCAAAACUAGUGAUGGGCGAUACCGUUGAUUUUUGGGUCGAUCCAAUACCAAGUAAUACUAUGGGAAGUAUCGCGAUAUUGAUUCAAUGAACUGAUACCAGUAAGAUUUGUAAAUACAUUGAAACUCUUCCAUUAUUUAGAAUAUAACCUUAAUGAUAUUUAAAAAGUUAUGUUUUUUUUUUGCAUGCGAAUCAAUACUUUUAUACUCAAUAUUAGUAUCUGUCAUUUUGGUAUCGAUCCGCCCAUCACUAGUCUAAACCUGAGAUAAAAGAAAUGAAUAUUGGUACUUUGCAGUGAUGAUGUCACAUCGAGGGUGCUCUACGUGGAUCUCGACUGGUGGAAAGUUUACGACUUACCAUGGAGACGCAAUGCACACACUGUCAAAAAAAAAGUUUUAAGAUAGUGUGAAAAGUCAAGAAAAAAAAACCAUGAAACGGAUUUAAACAGCACCUUUUCAGGAGCUUGUGAUCAGUACAGGCGUUCAUGGUCCUGUAUAGGAGUUUGAUUUUCAACAAAAGGAUAAGAGUAACAAACUGCAAAACAUUACUAAUAUUAUGUGAAAGGGACUAGUUUAACAGCACAAAUCAUCUCACCUGUUGUAGUUCCAGCAGACUGCAGCCUGAAGUGACCCAAAUCAGAUUUUUUGGCCCCUAUGUGACCUGUAUCUCAUCUUUUAAUGACAGUCUGAACGACAGAUCAGAUUUUUUCAAAUGUGACCCAGGACACUUGGAUAUGUGCUCCUAAAACCGAUACAUAUCUGAUCUUUUGACAUGUGACUUCAGUCUGAACGGCCAAAGUGCAUUCAUCCACCUACACGUUAUCAACAAGCCACAAACGUCACUAUUCUGCGCGGAAGUAGCUGAAAAUUGUUAAUGAACUCUGUGUCACUGAAGUGAAGCACAUCACCACUCACCACUCUUGUCUACGUCUCCACAUCCACACGUUCCUUUCAACAGACACUGUCCCACAAAACACCACGACCAAAAACCUCGUCCUUCUCCUUCUCAAUCUUCUUUUUAAAACAAGUAAGUUGUUCAUGUUCUGGCUCCGGUACAAGAGGAACUUUAAAAUCUCCAGGUGCUCGAUGCUGUGUCCAUGUUUGGACAACUUCUGUAAACACAGAGCACGCUCACUGUGGUUGACGUCGUCGUGUCUCCAGUGUCACAUGUGGGACACUUUUGGUCUGUUUAAUGUUCACACUGGAGUCACAUACAAGUCACAUUUAAUUGGAAAUGUGAACGACCUCGCAAAAACAUCGGAUUUCACAAAAAAAUCUUAAUUGAGCGUUAAGCCCUGCAGUCUGAACGGAGCCUAAAUCAGUUCUCUCUGGUCAGAUUGUGUUAAAAUAAAGCUCAGAUUAAAGUCUACCAAGCCUCAGACAGAACAUGCCUCCAGCUAGCGUCACAUCACCGGAGAAUGUUGAUGACAUCAGCUGCAAAGUAUCAAUGAAUGUUCGUGAAUCUUUUCUGUCAUUUUUAAAACCCUGAGAUGAAACAUUUGAGAUAUAAUCCGUUUGAAUUGCAUUACACUUUUCAGUUGUCUGGAUUCAAGUGGAACUAAACACUAAAUCCAUUUGUUUUCGCUUCUAAUCUGUGUAUAUGGUGUUAAAUAGAAUUGUCUGCUGGUCCUAGACAUUUUUUUGGGCAACUUUAGUGCAAACUAGUUACAUUUAGGGGCAGCGGUGUUUUGUCCCAUUUUAAAUGACAACUGAAAAUACAUGAAAAUCCAGCACACCAGUGAAAAAAGGAUCAUACAUGUGUUUGUCAGAAGCCUGUCCUCUGGUGUCCCCUCCACAGCCCCACACAGAGCUGCCUUAUCAGACUCCUGAAGCCCAGGUCCCAUGCACUCUUACUGGGGACAAUGUUCUGCGCAGUGGCUGUCUCUGCUCCUCAUUAUCUCAUGUUUAAUCUGACGUUUUGAAUGGAGUGAUUCUUUACUUUGACCUGUGUGUACAUUUGCAAAGGACUAUUAAAAGUUCUAUAAUGAAAUCUCUA